AUGAACGCUGCUCCUGCCGCCUUGCCCAGGGCGGCUGCGAUCCCCGCACGACUGCUGCGGACAUCGCGGCGAAGCCCAGCCAAGGGCUCGGGGAUUCGACCAGUAUCGCAGACAUGCCGUCGGUAUGCCUCGGCGGCGGCGUCGUAUGGGCAGAGGCCGCAGUCGGGGGUGCAGAGACGGACAGCACCGGCAGCGCUGUCGAGGGCUUUCCAUGCUACGACUUCCCGCCCUGCAAUGUCGGACCCGUACAAGGUGCUUGGGGUGGAAAAGAACGCGAGUGCGGCCGAUAUCAAAAGAGCGUACUACGGCAUGGCGAAAAAAUACCACCCGGACACCAACAAGGACCCCAGUGCCAAGGAGAAGUUCUCGGAGGCCCAGUCGGCGUACGAGCUGCUGUCGGACGCGAAGAAACGAGAAAACUACGACCGGUUCGGAUCGGCGGCGUUUGACCAGAAUGGGGGGUUCGAUCCCAACGCGGCGGCCGGGGGCAAUCCGUUUGCCGGCGCAGGCGGGUUCCACGGCUUCGGCGGGGGGUUUGGAGGCGGGUUCCCCGGUGGUUUUGCAGCAGACAUCAACUUUGAGGAUCUCUUUGGUGCCUUUACAAACGGUGCUCGUCGGAGUCCGCGGGGCACCCGGGGCCCGUUCCAGGAGUCGAUCCUGGUGGGCGAGGACAUUGAAGUGCAGACCAACAUCUCGUUCAUGGAGGCGGCCAAGGGAACGGCCAAGGACAUCAACAUCAACCCGCUGGUGGAGUGCGGCACCUGCUCCGGCGAAGGGUUGAAGAAGGGCGCCAAAAAGUCGCAAUGCAAGCAGUGCAACGGCUCCGGUACGCGCGUGCACUUCAUGCAGGGCGGCUUCCAGGUGGCCGCGACCUGCGACGCCUGUGGCGGGACGGGUCUCAUCGUGCCGCGGGGCUCCGAGUGCGGGUCCUGUCGAGGCAACGGGGUCAUUCGAGACCGCAAGACCGUCCAUGUCGACAUCCCCGGCGGCGUGGAAGAUGGCAUGCGUCUGCGGGUGACCGGAGAGGGCGACGCCCCCGCCACGGGGGUCAACGCCGCCCCGGGCUCUCGCACGAAGCGCGGAGAUCUCUACGUCUCGAUCCGUGUCGCUCCGGAUCACCGCUUUAGCCGCUCCGGCUCCGAUAUCCUGUACACGGCGGGCAUCCCGCUGACGACCGCUCUGCUGGGCGGUGAAGUGACGGUGCCCACGCUGGACGGCGAGGUCAAGAUCAAGGUGGCCACGGGCACCGGCACCGGCGACAAGAUCACGCUUUCGGGCAUGGGGAUGAAGAAGCUCGGCGGCCGCGCCCGGGGCCUCAGCGCCUCGGGCGACCUCAAGGUGGAGUUCAAGGUCGCCAUGCCCAAGUACCUGACCUCCAACCAGCGCACAAUCCUCGAGGUGCUCGCCGACGAGAUGGGAGACAAGACAGCCAAGCGGGUCAUGAACGUGGACCGAGAGAGCGCUGCUCCGCCCUCUUCCGUGACGAUGGCUCAGUCGCCCAUGCUCAGCUGUCCGCUCAAGCAGACCAACGAGAUCGACUGGAUCCAACCGUUGAAGGACUACAUUCGACAGAGCUAUGGGGAGGAUGCCGAGCAAUACAGCCAGGAGUGCGUGACGCUGAACCGGCUGCGACAAGAUAUGAGGGGUGCGGGCAAGGACAGUGCGACGGGCCGCGAUCUGCUGUACCGGUACUACGGCCAGCUGGAGCUGCUGGAUCUGCGGUUCCCGGUGGACGAGAACCACAUCAAGAUCUCCUUUACAUGGUUCGACGCGUUCACGAACAAGCCGACGUCGCAGUACUCGCUCGCCUACGAGAAGGCGUCCGUCAUCUUCAACAUCUCGGCCGUGCUCUCCUGCCAUGCGGCGAACCAGGCCCGCAGCGAGGAUACCGGCCUCAAGACGGCGUAUCAUUCCUUCCAGGCCUCGGCCGGCAUGUUCACCUACAUCAACGAGAACUUUCUGCACGCCCCCUCGACGGACUUGAGUCGCGACACGGUCAAGACGCUGAUAAACAUCACCCUCGCGCAGGCGCAGGAGAUCUUUUUGGAGAAGCAGGCGGCGGACCAGAAGAAACCGGGCUUUCUGGCCAAGCUAGCCAGCCAGGCCGCCUAUCUGUACUCCCAGGCGGCGGACAUAAUGCAGGAAUCGGUCACCAAGGCGGUGUUUGAAAAGGUCUGGUUGAUCAUGGUCCAGGCCAAGGCCUCGCACCUGCUGUCGCUGGCGUCGUACCACCAGGCCAUCGCCGACGAUGAGAACGGCUCCCACGGCGUCGCCGUCGCCCGGCUGCAGCUCGCCGAGAAGCAGGCGACCGCCGCCCUGGGCCACGCCAAAUCUUUCCCAUCCUCUGUGCCGGCCAAAUCGAAUCUCACGACCGAGUCGGUCACGAACCUCACGGAACUCAUCAAACACCAACUGGCCACCGUUCAGGCCAAGUGCACCUCGCUCAUCAAGGAUAACGAUUUUAUCUACCAUCAGCCCGUUCCCUCGGAAGCCGGGCUGUCUGCCAUUGCAAAACUGCCCGCCGCCAAGGCCAUCCCCGUCAGCGAGCUCUACCAGGGUCAGGAUAUCCAGCGGAUCAUCGGGCCGGACAUCUUCCAGAAACUGGUCCCCAUGUCCGUCACCGAGACGGCCAGUCUGUACGAUGAGGAGAAAGCCAAGUUGAUCCGAGCGGAGACAGAGAAGGUGGAGACCGCCAACGGAGAGAUGGCGGCUAGUCUAGACUACCUCAAGCUGCCCGCCAGCCUGAACAUCCUCAAGGGGGGGAUGGACCAGGAGAUGACGGUGGAUGACGAGUUCCGACGCUGGUGUCAGGAUCUAGCUGACCAUCCAUCCCUGGGGCGAGCGCUGGAUGAUCUGCAAGAGAGUAAGGCCCAGGUGAUCACUAACCUCGACCACUGCUCCAAGCAACUGGAUCUGGAAGAAAGUGUGUGCGAGAAGAUGCGCUCCAAGUACGGGGCAGACUGGAACCAGCAGCCCAGCGGCCGGCUCACGACAACCCUCCGUGGUGACAUCCGCAGCUACCGCGACACGGUCAAUGAGGCCGGCGGCAGCGACGCGCAGCUGCUAGCCACCCUGCGGCAAUACCAGGCCGAUUUUGAUGAAAUGGCGUCGGCGGGCCAGACAGACGAGGCCGACGUUCUCUUCCAACGGGCCAUGCAUAAAGCCGCAUCGAAACACGGCAAGAGCAAGAGUGGCGUAGCCAUCAGUCCGUCAAAUGGCCCGCAGGAAGGGAGCUUGCUGGACGAGGUGUAUGACGAGGGGGGUGUCUCGGUCUCGGAGCAGAUCGCCCGCGUUGAGGAGAUCUUGAAGAAGCUGAACCUUGUCAAGCGUGAACGAGCACAAGUGCUGAAGGAUUUGAAAGAAAAGAUCCAUACCGACGAUAUCUCCAGCGUCUUGAUUCUCAACAAAAAGUCAAUAGCCGGGCAGGAGACCCAGCUCUUUCAGGCAGAGCUGGAGAAGUUCCGGCCACAUCAGAACCGGCUACUGCAGGCCAACCACAAGCAGGCCUCGCUAAUGAAGGAGCUGACCAAGACUUACGGAGACCUGCUACAAGACAAACGCGUGCGCUCGGAGCAGUCAAAGUACGAGGUCAUUACGCGGCAACGCAACACCGUCAUGGCACGGUACAAGAAGGUAUACGAUGCGUUCAACAACCUGCUGUCGGGCCUCGUGCAGGCACAGACGUUCUACUCGGAGAUGGUGGAGACGGCCGACAGUCUCAAGAAGAACGUCGAGGCCUUCAUCAACAACCGCCGGUCCGAGGGAGCUCAGCUCCUCGGCCAGAUCGAGCGGGACAAGGCCAGCACCGCCUCCGAGCAGGAGGACCGAGAGCGUGAGAAACUCCGGCAGCUGAUGGAGCGGCUGUCCACCGACCCAAACGCGUCGCUGCCCUCGCCCUCGUCCGCUACCACGCCCUCGUCGGCGACCAUGACAACUCCGGCGUCCAUGCUAUCCACGAAGGUGCGCUCGCCGCCACCUCCCCCCGUCAAGGCGCCCCCUUACCAGGCUUCAUCCCAAUCGCCCGUCACCACUUCGCCUUAUCAUCACCCUUCGACGGGGGGCCCGCCACAGCCACCACCGCCGCCACCACCACCACCACCACCACAACAACAACACCCAGCAGCCCCCAUGUCCCUCUCCCCAGGCCCCUAUGCGCAGUACAUGCCCGCUGCGGCCGCGGGACCCUCCAACCCGGUUAUCCCGCCUUACGUCCCAGGCCAGUCCUUCCAGCAGGGAGCCGCCAUGCCCCUCUCCGAGGGCUACAACCCAAUGGCGUAUCCGUACCGGGUGCCCGUCUCGCCGCCGCCGAACCAGCAGCUCUUCUCCGCCACCCCGACGUCUUACAGCGGAUACCCGCCUAGAACUCCAUCCGCAGUCUCUCCGGCCGGCACCGCCGCCCCUCCCUCCUCUCACUAUCCGCCUCAGGGCUACGUGCCGCCGCCCCCGCCGCCCCUCCCGUCCCAGCAGACCACAUACCCGCCCUCCACGGGGGGGCCGUAUCCUUCCGGCCCGGGAGGGUACGCUCAGACCCGAGCGUACGGGCCGGGCCAGCACCUCAAGACGCCGUCGCAGAGCCAACAGGGUAUGCAGGGGUCACAGGCUGAUCCGUGGGCGGGCUUGAAUGCGUGGAAGUAG